GAGAAUCCAAAUCACUCAUGAUAGCCUUCCAUAAACCCUCAUGAUGAUUCCCUCAAAGGCUUAAACCUCCAUGGCUCACCAACCACCACAAACACUGUCAAAUUUCCAUUAGAGCAUUUUUUUUCCAUAAAUAAUCCUCCAUCUUGAACCUUAUAAUCAUUUACUAAAAGAGCUUGAUUCUUCAGCACCCCACCAUCUUAGAAAGGAAUGUUAACCAGUAUUUCUUCCUAUAAACUCUUCUCCUCCCUCUCACUCUGUCAUUUCUCUACUUUCCAAUCAUGUCUCUCUCUAUCUUCAGAUCUUUGAGAAAUAAACAGUGUUAUGCCAUCACAUGCGUUUGGUGGUUUGAGAAACCAAAGGGAAUACCAAACUGGGCCCUUUCUCCAAUAGCUUCAUGGAACUCAAUAUUCUGUAUACAUUGAUUUGCUCCGUCUCUUUGCUCAUGGUACAUGGAGGGAUUACAAGAGUUCUCUCCUACUAUCAACUGAUGCAGGAACUUGAUAUUUCUAAUGUACGUGAACUUGAAGAUUUUCUUAUCAAUGAGUGCAUCAAUGCGGGCAUUGUUAGAGGAAAGUUGAAUCAGUUGCAAAAAUGCUUUGAGGUGCAAUUUGCAGCAGGAAGAGAUCUGAGACCUGGAACACUUGUGAGUCUGAUACAGACUCUUACAAAUUGGUUGUCCACUUCAGACAAAAUGCUGUUGACAAUCAAAGAGAUGAUUGAUCAGGCAGAUAGGAUGAAAGAGUUGGACAAGGAACAUCAAAAGGAAGUUGAAGAAAAGAUAGAAUUAGCAAAGAAAUUCCUCCAGAACAAGCAGCAUAGUAUCAAGUUGGGGCCAUUGGAGGACAUUGACAUGCUCUAUAUGGAUGAAGUAAUGAGCUCCAGGGAACUUGGAACCCACUCCAAGAGGUAUCACAUAUCAAACACUUUGCAUAUGUCCUGGUCUACCAACUAUGCCCAUUUAUUCACUUUAGCUCAGGACUAUACUAUGUAUUUUCAUUAUAUGGAUAAAGAGAUGACUUGAUUGCAAAAUCAAAUGUUUGUAUUGACUGAAGUAGAUGCUCACACUUGAACCCUAAAGUUAUUUUUUAAAAUACUAUGCAGAGGCCUAACUAGCUGAGCUAGACCAUUACAAUUAUAAGCCAGCUGAAUGGCAGAUCAUCCCAACUUAACCCUAUGAACUUGGGUGAUGAGUAUCAGUGUAAUAUGGAAGAAAGGUGAAACCUGCAGUUUGACUGCUGGUUUCAGGCUCAUUCAUAUCGGUCUAUCUCUAGUUAUCUAUCAAAAAAAAAUAUAUAUUGGUCUAUCUCUAGUUUUGUACCUCACUUGAGCUAAGAGUUGAACAACCUGGUUCAUGCUAUAACAGCUAACUAAA